UGUUGGUGAAGAGAAUCGGACCACUUGGUUCCAACAUGUCUGUGUGGAUUGGCUCGAGAGACGGAGGUGCCAAAUUGUCUCACACUUCGGAGACGUUGAAUUGGAUGCCGAAGUCAGAGAGUACUGUAGGACCCGAUGGGUGUCCAUAACCGAAUACUGCGUCUGCGCAACAGGACCACCGCGAGAGGUACUUCCUGCAGCCCAGUUAACGGGGUUGGUCGUAGCGCCGUGGACAAGAAAAUUAUGCGUCCAAUCUGAUGCGCCACUUCUAUCAUUUCCGUUUCUAGAUCCUGUUUGAGUGUAUUCUGUACCUACAGCACACUCAGAGAUUGACUGGCACUGAGGUUUGUGAAGAAUUUGCCAAUGUUGCUGAAGCAAGUAGAGUGCUAUAACGAUAAGAGUUCGCAGACGAAAAAUUCACAUGCUGCAACAAAACUGUGAGAGGAGAUUUGGAUUCAUCAACAUACAAAGGGUGAAUAUCAGUUAGGGAUGGAUAUGUCGACGUUGCUCAAUGGAUGCAAUGCACUCGCAUUUACAAGUCGAGAAAGUAAGCUUGUUUCAAGAAUUUUAAACCCAAGAGUCGUUAAUUGUUCAAGAAAAAAAAAACAGAGUCUCAAGGUUAGUGCCAAGGGCUUAUCUCCUAAAUGAUCAUGCCACUGAGAAUCAUUACGCCGUUCUCGGAGUGUCACAGUUCCCAACAAAGCAAGAAAUCAAAAAAAAAUACCGGCGACUUGCACUGGACUUGCACCCCGAUGUGUGCGAUGGCGAUCACUGCUCCACGCAGUUUCAGCGUGUCAAGACAGCCUACGAGGCAUUGAUUCAAAAUAGGACGUCCCAGUUCGAAGAGUCAGAAGGCGAGCUUUCCGACGAUUUGAAAAGCUUCAUGGGCGUUGGUGACGAUAGCUGGGCGGAAUGGGAAGAAUGGAUGGGUUGGGAGGGCGCUGGCACAUGCGAUUACACGAAUCACAUCAACUCUGCCAUCUAAAACAAAAUUUCUGCUCAUCACUGGUAAACUAAUGUUCUUUCUCCGAGAUAAGCCAGAGUGCGAGGAAGAUAGAGGAGUUUCGAAAUCGCAAUUUAUUCUAUUUCGAUUCCUACCCGUUGCAUACAGAAAUUCCGUUGAGCAAUCUAAUUUAUGGUUGUACAUAUAUUGGUUCUAUAGAAAGAGGCACGCAACUUUGUACAGGUGCCUCAACAUCUUCAAAUCUCAAACAGAGCUUAGUUCGGGUGCAGCACUUGCGCGGUAAUAGUCUGCAGACAAUACUCUUGCAUAAUAAGAUGCCUCCCUCAUCUGUUCCACAGCAACGGAACACGUGCUGCGCUGUCCUCUGUUUGCAGUCUUCUUUCAUUAUUUUCUAGAUUUAGAGAUCCUCUGCAAACGUUCCAGUCUGGUUCUGAGCGUUGUAAAGGAAUGAUAAACACAGAUGAUGUGACUCCCAAAUCUGCAGUUCGGAUAUGUAAUUGUAAUUCCCCCAUACCUUUCGUAUCUCGUUAAUUGUAUGGCGGGAAAGCAAAGUUUGGCGUUGCAACGGUCAUAUCUCCCAAGCAGAGCUGAAUUUCCCCAGAAUUUUUCUUUAAUGCUUCUAUACUCCAAGAACCGUCAUUCGCACCAUUUUCUCCUCAAUUGGGUAUUUGUGGAGCGCCACGCCCCUCAGCGAUUUUGGGUUCUUUGUUUGAGAAAUCUGUGAGUCAUGUCUGGACGCGGCAAAGGAGGGAAGGGCUUGGGAAAGGGCGGCGCCAAGCGUCACAGGAAGGUGUUGCGCGACAACAUCCAAGGCAUCACCAAGCCCGCAAUCCGUCGCUUGGCUAGGAGAGGUGGCGUGAAGCGUAUUAGUGGGCUGAUUUACGAGGAGACUCGUGGUGUCCUCAAGAUCUUUCUGGAGAUCGUCAUCAGGGACGCCGUUACGUACACCGAGCACGCGAGACGUAAGACCGUGACCGCCAUGGACGUGGUGUACGCUCUCAAACGGCAAGGCAGAACCCUAUACGGAUUUGGAGGCUAAUUCCCCUGCUCAGUUUUCUGUCGCUAAUCUAAGUGGUUUUCUUCUGCGAAACCCUGCGAGAGAAGCUUCUUCUAAGAUGUAGUUCACAGAAAUGGAUAUGAUGUUUAGAUGCCUGUUCUGCCUGGUUUAAGGUGAAGUAUCGUAUGACGCUAAAGCGAUGUGUCUCAGGUCCUCGGCUUUACGAUUGCAUUGAUAUUGGGAUUUCUGUAUCACUAACUGUUAUAUUUCUGAGUAGGAGAAAACGGAGCCGAGGAAUGGGAUCUUUGCUAGCUAGUUGUACAGAUUAGACGCUCCUGGUGUUGUACAUACACAUAACAGAUUCACAAAGGCUUUAUACAAUCUCCCGUGUAUGUUAAGAUCGAAUGCUGUCUCGAGUGGUGGGUUUUACGAGUCAAUAAUUAAGAUCCAAUUCCGAAUCCAACAUCGAAGAUAUUCCGUGACAGCAACCAGCGCCCGUUGGCGUGAUCUAGUUUAAGGGUUCAGACGAAGAAGUCCAAUUGAUAACCUUCCCAAUGUAUUUCGAUGUUGGGAGAGUGUCAUGGUGGAAGUCUCUUCAUCAUUUGACCCAGAGAAGAGAUUGUCCUGUUAGCUACCCACUUGAUAUUGUAACGGCCUCUACUUAUCAUUCUUUGCUAGGUA